AUGCUUACAAUAUCUGCCAACUUUGCAAGUAAGAUAGCCCGUUUCUUUGGUGAAAAGAUAGCUUGUGCUACUCAUAGUGCUGGUUCUUUUAAAGUAACUCCUGUAGGAUCUUUAGCUUUGACUCCUACUUUUAUCUUGGAAAAUGCCCCUUCUCUGAAGAGGACACUGGUUCUUGGUGAUCUGGUUCAAGGAAUUUACAUCGUGCACAAACCCACUAUCAUCUUUACUACUACUGAUUUUGAUUCUCACCUUAUCCCUGCUUCUUUACAAUCUAUAAAUAAUGUCACUAUCCCUGCCCCUUUACAAUCUGCAAGUAAUGCCAUUAUCCCUGAUCCCUUACAUUCUGUAAAUAGUGCGAAUAAGACUUCUAGUUCAACAUGUAAUACAGGCCUAAAUGAUGCAGCUAGGUAUGACACCACAUCCCGUUUUUCUCCUCAUUCUACUUCUACUGUCCCUGUUUCUCCAACUCAUGUUUCUUCUCUACCUCUAGUUACAUCUUCUCCAGCCCCUGCUUCUUCUCCACCUCCAGUCACCUCUUCUCCUAUUCUUGAUCCUCCUUCUUCUAGUUCCCCUUUGAGAAGAUCUUCUAGGACUCAUACUUUCCAAUACUUGCAAGACUAUAUUUGUUAUUCAACCCCUACUUCACCUCUUUCUACACUCACCAACUGUUCCAUUGUUCCUAAUCACUUGGAAGAUGGCACCAUUGAGAGAUUUAAAGCACAACUUGUUCUUAGAGGGGAUACACAACUAGAAUGCAUUGACUAUACCGACACUUUUUCUCCUGCUUUUACUGUAAUUGUAGUAGUUUAUGUUGAUGAUGUGCGUGUGCUUGGUGAUGAUCGUGCUGAAAUUUCUGCUUUAAAAUCCUUUUUUGGAUUCUCAAUUUCGAAUCAAGGAUUUGGGGCACUUACACUACUUUCUGGAAUUAGAAGUGCUUCAAGAGCCAGUGGUGUUCUUAUUACUCAACAUAAGUUUGCUUUAGAUCUCUUAUGUAAGUUUGCAUGCGACAGUAAUGCCUCUGUUUCUACUCCCUUGCCUGCUUCUAUCAAGCUAACUUCUGAUUCUGGUGAUCUCCUAGCUGAUCAUCUUUUAUAUCAGAGGUUGAUUGGUAAGCACUUGUUAUUUGCUGUGCAGUUAUUAAGCAAAUUUAUGCAUUCUCCCAAAACUACUCAUUAUUCUGCUGCCCUCCAUGUCUUGAGGUACAUCAAGGGGAAUCCAGGACAAGGCCUAUUCAUGUCUAAUUCUACUUCGUUUGAGUUGCAGGCUUUUUGUGACUCUAAUUGGCUGCUUGCCAAGAUUCCCGCAUGUCUGUUAGUAGGUUUAUUGUGA